AUGGCGGCCUGCUGCUGGGCCGGCCGGAGGCUGGCGGCGUGGGGCCGGCUGGGUCGGGGCCGGGGGCCGCCAUCGGCCCGGGGGCCGCCCGUCCGAAGCCUCGGGGACGAGCAGGGCCACGGCCGGGACCGGCCAGAGCCUACAGCCAAGGUGUCCAGAACACCAAAGAUCUACACAAAGACAGGAGAUAAAGGGUUUUCCAGCACCUUCACUGGGGAGAGAAGACCCAAAAACGACCCCGUGUUUGAAGCGGUGGGAACCACGGACGAACUAAGUUCUGCCAUCGGGUUUGCCGCGGAAUUAAUCCGGGAAAAUGGCCACGCGUUUGUGGACGAACUAGAGGAAAUCCAGGGCUUCCUCCAGGACGUGGGAUCCAGCCUCGCCACUCCAAACUCCUCGGCCAGGGAAGCCCACUUGAAACGGACGAGGUUGAGCGAACAGCCCGUGUUGACCCUGGAGCGAUGGAUCGACGGCUACAGCGACCAGCUGCCCCCGCUCACCGCCUUCAUCCUGCCGUCGGGCGGGAAGAGCAGCAGUGCCCUCCACCUCUGCAGAGCCGUGUGCCGCAGGGCCGAGAGAUGCGUGGUUCCUUUGGUUCAAGCCGGAGAGGCUGAUGCCAGCGUGGCCAAGUUCUUGAACAGGCUGAGCGACUAUCUCUUCACCUUGGCCCGCUACACGGCGAUGAAGGAAGGAAACAAGGAGAAGAUGCACAAGAAGAAGGAAGGCUGAGGCCCCGGCGGCCAGCCUGGAGGCGGCCAAGGCCAACUGUGGGUUGUUUGCGUGAGGCCGAGCGGGCCGGGGGGCACGGGGGAGCGGGGGGUCUCGCCCCCCGGAGCGGAGACGCUCCAAAGUUUUCCGGGAAUAAACGGCACCGAGCUGGCACCCGUUCCCCGCUGCGGCAGAGGGGAGAAGCUCACGGGGGAGAGGAGCGGGAACGUCCCCAGAGGUCCGAGCCGGGACGGACGGGUGCGGUUGUGUGUCUGUGUGGGGUU